AUGGGUUGUUCAAAUGCUCGUUUAUUAGUACAAGCACCAUCGGCUACUGAAACCGGUGCAAGAACAAAUAAUCUUUUAUCAUCAUCAACAGAAGGAACAUCUCCAAGUAAUGUUCCUAUUGAUACAACAUCACGAAUGCAUUUAACAGGAGUUGAUCUUGUUGUGGAAAGAAAUGGUUCAUACACACUUUUACUCACACCAAAAACACAUAAGCAAUUAAUGCCUUAUGUAUUACGAAAGAAAAGAUUUCGAAUUCUCGUUGAUAAGCCUCGCUCAGAACCAACAUUAAUUUCUAAUGAACAAAUUAUGGAAAAUAAUAAAGAAUUAAAAUUAAAUACUGAAAAAAAUCAAAAAUGUAAAGAAAAUCAAAUAAAUGCAUCAACAAUUGAAUCUAUUGAACAAAUUGCAUCUGAUGAAUUAAAUAAAGUUCAAUCUCGUUUAAUAUGUGGUCGUAGUAUUGAUCGUGGUAAUCCAGAUGAUGAAGAUGAAUAUACUCAAUCGGAUGAUGAAGGUAUGAUUGAAGAAAUAAUAACAACUGUUGAAGAAGAUAAAGAUCUUGAAUGUAAAGUUAAAAAGAAAAUUGAAACAAAAAAAACUAUGUCACAACGUCCUGAUACACAUGAUACAAUAACAAAAGUUGUUAAAACUGAAGUUACAGAAAUAACACGUACAAUAACAAUAAAUGAUCAUCAUGAUAUUGAACGUGCUAAACGUGAAUUAGGUAUUGAUGCUGUUAAUAGACUUUUACCAUCAUCAACAUGGAAGAAUCAAUCAAAUGUAAUUGAAGUAAAAGAAAAACAUAAUGAACCAAUUAAAGAAGUAGUUACGUCAAAAAAUUUAUCAUCAGAUAGUCAAAUAAAACAAACUCAACAAGAAAAAAAUCUUAUCUUAUCUGAAUCAACAACAGUUGGACGGGGUCCUGUUAAUGAAACAAUAUUAUCAUCAUCAUCAUCUUCAAAAUCUGAACCAAAAUCAACUGAAAUUAAAAAAAAGAAAAAAAAAUCUAAAUUCUGUUCCUGUACACGUUCAACUGAUGAUGAUGAACAUAAGAAACCAAAUUUAAUUAAAACUUCAAUUGAACCAAAAGAUCAAAUUUCAACAGUAACAAUACCAACCGUUAUUAAAUCAGUUAUGGAUACACAAAUUGAAGGUCAACAAUUAAUAUCAUCCGAUAUUAAACAAUUAAUUAUGGAUAAAAAAUUUCUAUUAAUUGAUUAUAUACAUUCAAAAAUAUUUUUACCAUCAAAAUUAUUAACAUCAAAUGAAGAAGAUUUAAAAGCUAGAAAAAUUUCAUCACGUAUUUUGGAUUUAUUACGUUAUGAUCGUUGUUCAUCAUGGACACAAAUGUUUGAACAAUUAACUGAGGAAUAUACUAAUUAUUUACCGACUAAUGUAAUUAUUAAACCAAUGCUUAAUACAUAUGAAAGUUUAUUUACAAAUAAACAGUCAAAUUUAUUAAAUACGUUUUCAACAAUUCAUAAUGAAAAUGAUAUUAAAAAUAUCCAAGAAAAUAAUGAUUAUAUAACUAUUGUAGAAAACCAUAUUGAUGAACGGGAUAAUCAACCAACUAUUGGAAUUCUUGUACAACAAUCUGUUGACAAUAUAGAAAAUACACUUGAAAAUUUACAGCAACCUAUUCAAGAAGAACAAGUUGAAAAAGUUAUUAAUGAUAAUGAACAAUUAAUUAAAGAAGUAAAUAUGACUAAUGAUAAUCAACAAUCAUUACCUAUUUAUAAUGAAGAACAUUUAACAAAAAUGCUUGCUGAUGUACCUCAACAUAAACCAAUAACAUUACCUGAAGCAAUAGCAUAUGAAUAUAUUGAUAUUGAAGAUCCUAAAUUAGGUUUAUCAAAUGAUAUAAUUCAAUAUAUAAAACAUUUAUUUCGUCCAUUAUCUGAUCAAUCAACAUCAAAUUUAAUACGAAUCAAACGUUCAGGAGAAUAUUUAACUGAUAUUAAUCUUACUGAAACAAAUCCAUUUGAAAAAUUCAAUAUAAAUGAACCAUAUAUUUAUCAAUUACAACAAUUAUUUGAACCAACAUUAGAUUUUAAUGAAAAACAAUUUCGUUUAUUAACAGAUACAAUAUUAAAUAAUAAAGAACAAUAUGAUCAAUUACAAUUUGAUAUAGCACCAACAUCAUUACCUAUAUAUGAUAUAAAAGAAUCAUCAACAAAUGAUUUUAGUCAAUCAGAUUCAGGUUAUUCAAUGACAACAGCAACACAUGAAAGUUUAGCAAGUAAAAUAAAAAUUGAAUUUGAACCAAUCAAUCAAGAUAUACCUAUACCACCAAUACGUAGUGAUUUAUAUGAAGGUGAAAAAAUUGAUUUAGAUAAAGCAACACAAGAAGAAUUAGAUAAAUAUGAACUUAAUCAUGAUUUAAUUCAAAUAAUUAAAUCAGAUUUUAAUGUAUCUGAUAAAACUGUUGGGCAAGCAAUAUUGUCCCAUGAAUUACGUUUGGAUAGUACAGAUCCGAGUGAUAUAGCACGUUUACAUUCAUUAGGUAUUGAUAAAGAGCAAGCAAGAAUCUUAACUGCCUUUUUCUUUCCAAAACAUACACGUAUAAUUGCUUAUUCACCGGAACCUGGUCGUUUUGUUGAAGCUCAAACAACAUACAAUCCUGAUUAUCCAAAUUAUAAAACUGAUACAACAAUAAUACAAAUUCAAGAAAAACAACUUUCAUCAGAUCAUCUUGCAAAACAAAGAAAUAUUCAUGAUGAUCGAACAUCACCAAUUUUAUCUGAACAAAUAACACAAUCAGAAACAAGUGUUCCUAUUUCAUCAUCAGAAAUUGUUUCAACAACAACUUCUAAAGAAACAUUAUCAUCACCACCACCACCACCAUCACCACCACCACCACCAACAACAACAACAGCAACAGUAACAGCAACAGCACCUAUAAAAAAACGUAAAUCAAGUGGUAGUGGUAGUUUAUUAGCUUGUUUUAAAAGUAAAAAACCUAAAGCAGGAACUGAACAACAAGGUCAAGCAACUAUUCAACCAACAACCAUUGUUAGUGGAACAAAUAUUUCACAACAACCAGUUAAACCUAUUGAAGCAAAACCUGUUAUUGAUUAUUCUAUUACACCAGAUGGUAAACGAAUUUAUAUCGAUGCUUUUCGAGAUCGACCUGGUCUUGAUAUGUCAUAUAAACCAAAUGAUUUUGAAAAUCGAUUCGUUCUACCUAUCGCAAAACCAGCAUCUGAAUAUGAACGACCAGUUACACCUGAAAUGGAGCGAAUUACUGUUGAAUCUAAAAGUAUUGAACAUGAACCUAUGAUUCAUUUAGAACCACGACCACCAGUUAUUGAACCAGUUGAUGUUCAACCUGAAAAAACACAAACUAUUGUUCCAUUAACAAAAACUGAUGAAGUAACAAAAAUUACAAAAAAACCAUCUAUUGAUUUACAUGGAGCAGCUGUUAAUUUACCAGAUGUUGAAUUAGUUCAACCAGGACCAUUACCAACAUUAUCAAUUAAAAAACAAGACAAAACAAAAAAAGUUAAAAAAACAUCUGGUGGUUUAUGUGCAUCAUGUUUUAGUACAAAAGCUAAAGAAAAAACAAAACAAAAAGAAACUAUUUCCGGAACUAUUCGAGCACCUAUUGAACAAAAGAAAAGUUUUGAAGAAGAAAAAAAAGAAGAUUUAUCAUCACCUGUAAUUAUAAAAACACCAGUUAUUGAAUCACCAUCAUUGACAUCAACUACAAUUAAUGAACCAAUUUUACCGAAAGUUAAUAUUGAUAUAUUCAGAGAACGAAAUUUUCAAAAAACUGCCGAGAAUCCUCCUCAUCCAGAACAGCAGUUAGGUGGGACAAUUGAAAAAAUAAUGCCAAUUAUAGAACCUCAUCAACAAUCAUCAUCUAGUGAACCAUUACCAUCACCAUCACCACCACCACUAACGACUACAACUACUACCAGUGGAUCACCAGUCACAUCUCCAGGAAUAAAAGAUACAUCGAUUUUCUCUCGAGUUAAUAUUGAUGUAUUUAAAGAACGAAAUUUUCAAAAGAAUGCCGAAAAUCUUCCUCAACCAGAACAACGGUUAGAUGAGACCAUUGAAAAAAUAAUACCAACUGUGGAGCCUCCUCCUCAACCAUCAUCUAGUGAACCAUUACCAUCACCACCACCACCGCCUCCACUAACGACUGCAACAACAACAACAACAACAACUGCUACUACUAGUGAAUCACCAGUCACACCUUCAGGAAUGAAAGAUACAUCGAUUUUCUCCCGAGUUAAUAUUGAUUCAUUUAAAGAACGAAAUUUUGAAAAGAGUCCCGAGAAGCUUCCUCAACCAGAACAACGAUUAGAUGAGACAAUUGAAAAAAUAAUACCAGUUAUCGAACCUCAUCAACAAUCAUCAUCUAGUGAACCAUUACCACCACCAUCGCCACCAGUAACGACAACAACAACAACAACAACAACAACAACUGCUACUACUAGUGGAUCGCCAGUCACAUCUCCAGGAAUAAAAGAUACAUCGAUUUUCUCUCGAGUUAAUAUUGAUACAUUUAAGGAACGAACUUUUUCAAAACCUUCCGAGAACCCUCCCAAACCAGAAGAGUAUUUAAAUGCAAUAGAUCAAAAUAUAGUAUCACUACCUGAAGAAUCUCAUUAUGAAUCACCAACGUCUGAACCUAUACAACCACCCCUGGCAGAAAUAAAACCAAUUGAAUCAACUACAAAAGAUUCAUCGAGUUUUUCUCCAAUCAAUAUUGAUGCAUUUAAAGAACGAACUUUUGAAGAAGGUUUUGAGAGUCUUCCUAAACCGAAAGAAGAAGAACAUCCAGAUACAACAAAUGUAACAUUAACAUCAUCACACGAAGAACCUCAUUAUGAAUUACCAAAAAACGAGCCUAUUCAAACACAAAUACCAAUUAGAACAACAUUUGAAUCAAUUCCAAAAGAUUCAUCGAUUUUCUCUCGAGUUAAUAUUGAUAAAUUUAAAGAACGAACUUUUGAAAAAAGUCCUAAGAAUUUUCCGAAGCCAGAAAUAUAUUCAGAUAUAACUAUUGAAAAAGGAAUCCCAACUGAAGAACCAUAUUAUCAAUUACCAUCAAGCGAGCCUGUGCCGCCUCCAAUAAUACCUGUAGAAAAUGAAUAUUCAACUGUUGAUCGUGAUACAUAUGAUGUUCCUCGUACAAUUGAACUUCAACAAAUAAUAUCCCCUAGUGAAAUAAAAACAGACGUUAAAACAAUCACCGAUGAACCAAUGAUUCCGUCAACAAUUGAUAUUCAAAAAUCUAGUGUUACAACUGAUAUUACACCAAGUACGGAUAUUAAAGGAACUAAAAUUCAACAUCCAUUAACACAUUCAAAGAAAACAAAAAAAUCUAAAGAAAAAAAACCGAAAACCGAAAAAAAAUCUGGUGUAUUGUCAACAUUUUUUCAACAUAAUAAACAAAAAUCUAAAGUACCAGCACUUGAUUUACCACCAGUAGAACGUGAUUUAUCAUCAAAUACUCAAUUAUGUCCAACAUAUCAAUCGGAUAAUAAUCCACUACAUAUUCCAUCAACUAAUUUACCAAAACUUGAUAUUCCAUUACCAACAUAUGAUCGACCAGAAGUUAAUAUGACAACAGGAAAAAUUAAACAAACAUCAGAAUUUGCUGUACCUAUUAUUGAUUUAACACCUAUACCUAAUUUAAAUGUAUCCGAAGAUAAUAAACAAUUAAUUGAUACAACUUCUGAUCAUAUGAAAAUUCCUAAUGUUCAAUUACCUAAUCUUCAAUUUACAAAUGAUGAUGAACAAAAAAUCAAUAAGUUAUCUCAUACUGAAAUACAAACAAAAGUUGAAGAAAUUCCAAAACUACCAACUAUUGAAAAUGAUCAAAAAAAUCUUCCAAUUCAAACAGAAACAAUCAUUCCAAAAUUAUCAUCAUUUGAUAAAACAGAAAUAUCAAUUAAACCUGAACUAUCACCAAUCGAACAAAAAAUUACAAUAAAUGAAACAAAUAUUGAUCAAUUAUCAAAACCUUCAGUUACCAUUGAAAACAAAACAAGUCCUAAUUUUAAUUUUCAAUUACCACCUACAGAACCUGUUUCAAUAUCAUCGAAAACUUCUGCAUCAAGUCCACCAUCAUUUGAUGAUAAUGUUCCAUCACAAAUUAUUUCAACAAGAAAACCAUCUGAAAAACAAUUAAUUGAAACAAAAUCUGAACCAAGAAAAAAGUCUUCAAUACUUUCAUUAUGUUCAUGUUUUAGUAAUAAAUCAACUAAUUCAAAAGAUAAAAUUCCUUCUAUUCAAGCACCAAAAACAAAUUUACCAGAAGUUAAUAUACCUCCUUCAUCAUCAAAUAUUUCAUCAACAUUAAAAACUCAAGGAUCAUUACGUGCACCAUCGAAUAAUUUACCACAACUUGAUUUAACUCCAACAUCAGUUGAACCUGUUACUGUAUCAACAAUUCAUAUACAAGAUAAAAAACAAGAAGAAAUUCAAGCACCUCGCGUUGAAAAACAAUUAGGAGAAGAAAAAAUAAAAGUUCAAACAGAUACUCCAACAGCACUUAUUGAAACACAGAAAGUGAAAGACAUUCGAAAUGUUUCUACUGAAUCGAAAAAAUCAUCAUCAUUUGAUAUCAAAGCACCAGUUUUAAAUAUUCCCGAACUUAAUUUAUCUGAUUCAUCAAAAAUUGAUGCCUAUCUAUCAUUUACUAAACAACAAGAUUCAACAUCAAUUCCCGAACAAAUUCAAUCACGUUCUGAUAGUGGUCUUGAAGCAAUUAUUUCUUCACAUAUGCAUCCAUCAUCAACAUUUGGUACAAUAACAACAAUGGAAGAUAUUCAACAACAUCCAUCAAUUAGUUCUGGUUUAGGUAGUGAAAUUUUAGAUAAAACUACAAUACACAGUUCAACAUUAUAUGAUAUUCAAAUAAUACAAUCAAAAGAAGAUAUUAAUUUAACUAACUAUGAUAAUCUUACAUAUAAAAUAACAAUGAAUGAUGAUAUACGUUCAAAAUUAAUAUUUCGACAAGAUGAUUUAAAAAAAUGUUUAGAAAAUGAAAUAGCAAAAUCAAUUCAUGAUUUUAAUCCAAAAAAAGAUCAUAAACCAUUAGAAAAAAUUUUAAUACAUGCUAUUGAUUUAAUUAAAGAUAAUAAAGUAACAACAUAUUCUGAAUUACAACAAACAUUAACUAUGGAACAUAAAAAUGAUGCUUUUAUUGUUAAUCCUGUUGUACGUUCACUUUAUUGUACAAUUGAAAAACAAGGUUUAGACAAUAUAGAUAAACCCGAAUUCCCAUUAGCUAUACGUGAUAUGGUACGUCUUCCGGCCAAGCAGACAUUUGACACAGUGACGCAUUUGAAUAAAGAAGAAAUGCCAUUAGCUACAACACAAAUGACAAAUGAAACUCGUUCUCUUAUUCCGGAUGUUUCUAUUCCAAGUGAAACACCCAUAACUAUCGAAAAGAAAUCAUCUAAACAAACAACAAAAUCAAUAGAUAAUAAAACAGGUUCUUGUUUAACAUGUGGUCGUUCAAAAUCGAAAACAAAAAUACCAUCAUCAUCAUCAUCAUCAUCAACAACAACAUCAUCGAAUGGUUUACUUGAUGAACGUCGUCGUUUACAAUUAAAUACUCAUCGUCAUGAAUUAGGUACUAUUCUUCAUGAACAUAUACAAUCAUCAAAACCAUCAAUUCGAAAAUUUAAUGAACAUUCAAAAGAAAUUGAAAAAAUUAUUCGUCGAAGUUUAGUACUUGUUACACAUCCAAAAAUUCAAUCAUAUGAACAAAUUCGUAAUGAUUUAAAAACAGAAUAUAAACAAAUAUUUUAUCUUAUUGAUCCAAUUAUUGAUAUUAUACGUGAUACAUUUAAUAGUUGUGAUAUAACACAAAUGCAUGAAAAAAUUAAUCUUGAUAUAUUAAAUUCAAAUAUAUCACAAACAGCAAAUUUAUAUAAUAAUCAAAUGAGUUUAUUAACAAUUGAAGAAUAUAAUAUAUUAAAAUCUAAUAAAUUAUUAUGGUUACAAGAAUAUUUAAUUAAUAAUGAAAUAAAAGAAAAAAAAUUAACACGAAAACAAAUUAAAGAAUUAAAUAAAAUUUUACAACGUAGUUUAGAAAUACUUUCAACAAAUACAAUAUCAACAUGGGAUGAAUUAUUAUUACAAUUACAACGUGAAUAUUUAAAAGCACAUGAUUUAUGUAAUCGUUCAAUUGAAUUAUUAAAACAAUCACAUCGUGAUGGUCUAUUUUUAUUAUCACAAGCACCUAAUGAAGAAAAACGACGUUCAUCAUUUUUAUUAAGUGAACGUGCAAGACAAAAUUUAAAAAAUCAUCGAUCAAAAAUUAAUUUAUCAUUAAAAAAUUUGUUAAUUAAUCAUAAUAAAUUAUCAAAUGAUGAUGAUGAUAAUAAACAAUUAGAUAUUUAUCUUAAUAAAACAUUAACAUAUUUAGAUGAACAAAAACCAGGACAAUUUAAAAAUUAUAAUGAUUUAAAACAACAAUUAAAACAAGAUUUUAAAAAUAAUAAUAAAAAUCAAGAUUAUUUAAUUGAACAAAUUGUUGAUGUUAUUGAACAAGCACAUGCAAUAAAUCAAUUUGAUGAUAUUGAUAAACCAGAUGUACAAACCUUAAUGAAAGAUAGAUUAGAUGGAAAACCAUUAAUUAUUAAAGAAAUGUAUGUUUCAUUACCACCACGUAUAGGUAUAUCAAAAUCUGCUAAUGAUGAAUCAUCACGUUAUUUAUUAACAUCAAUAAAUGGUGAUCGAACAUUAAAUAAUACAACAUCAUCACAUUCAAUAGCUCGUGGUCUUAGUUGGAGAGAAGCAAAUGAACGAGCAAGAAUUUUAUUCUAUCGAGGAAAACAUCCAGCUAUACAUUAUGAUGAACAAGCUGAUGCAUUUGAUGUUAGAAUGUUACUUGAAACAGCAUCGGGUGGUACUCAGGAAAUACCUGUCACAGAUACUGAUGUUCAUGAAUUACUUAAUUCAUGUGGUGUUCAAUGGGAUGGUGUAAAUAUAAUAUCAUUAGUUGAUCAUAGUGAAGAUGUUGUACGUGCUGCUGAACAAGCUGCAUUAAAAGUUAUUCGAGAAAAAGGUAUUAUUGAUUUACGAACACCACCAUCAUCAUCAACAAUAAAUGUUGAUAUUCAUGAUGAAUCAGUUGUUUCACCUGAUGCAACUGCAUCAUCUUCAUGA